UCGAGAGAUCGAGAUCGAGAGAGUGAGAGAGAGAUGGCCCAGAAGGAGGACACCAUUAGCCACUUCUCCCACCCAGGGCACGAGCUCGUGAAGCGGCACUACAUCGGGCCGUCGUUCCUCUGCGACAUGUGCUGGGAGCACCUGUCCGGCCCCGGCUACGGCUGCAGCGCCGGCUGCGACUUCGGCAUCCACGAGUCAUGCGCCGGCCACCCGCAGACGCACAGCUCCCAGGCGCACCACGCGCACCCGCUCGUGCUCGUCCAGACCCGCCGCGACGUCGUGGCUCACAUCUGCGACGUCUGUGCCGGGCGCUGCGCCGCGGGCUGCUUCCUCUACCGCUGCCCGCCGUGCGGGUUCGACAUGCACCCGCGCUGCGCGCGGCUGCCCCAGGUCGUGCGCAGCUCGCGGCACUCGCAGCACGACCUCACGCUGGUCGUCGCCGACGGCCGCUGUGCCGCCGCGUGCGGCGGCGGCGCGGGGCGCGCGUGGUACUACCGCUGCACCGCGUGCAACGUCGACUUCCACGUGUCGUGUGCGGCGACCGCCGGCGACAACAACGAUGGCGCUCGUCAAGACGCCGACACCGUUGUUGAGCAGAUACAUCAGGCAAGUGCGGCGCAAAUGAGAAUUCAGGCUGCGAUGAUGCAAGCAAGGCUCCGAGUGCAGGGUUCCAGAAACGCGUUGGACCUAGUCAGCCCUUCCUAUCCUGAGUCGUAUACGAUACGGAGAGACUACUUCUUCUAGAUCCGAAACUCUCGACGCAUUUGCUUGGAAAAGCCGACGUGAAUAAAGUGCUUCAGCAACAUUUCGUCACAAAAUCUAUAGCAUGCAUGCAGAGGCGGAGCCAGGAAUUUGUUUUUUUUCAUUAUUAGGGGGCUCAACCAUGCUAAUUUAUAUAAAAAUUUAAUCAAAAUUCAAAUGUUCAAUACAAAUUUGGGAACCAUAACGGGGCCACGCCCCUGCCCCCGUCUCCGCCCCUGCAUGCAUGUAUCAGAUUGGGUGUGUUUAUUAUGUUUACAGCUUGAGGCGUCAUUGUUCUCUGUCUGUCUACGUGCGUGUUUCUUUUCUCAUUGAAAUUGUAACCCCCUCUGUUCUUUCCCCCUGUCAUGUUGUAAUCCUAGUUAAUCAUGAAUGUUAAACGUCUCAAUUAUUUAAUUUUC